AUGGAUGAUAGUAGCAGUAAUAUUCCUAGCAACUGAGACGAGUGACUCUGUCUGAUUUGCUUCUAAUGAAAGGUUGACUGCUCAAGAAUAAUUCAAGAAAAUGGGAGGCUUUGGUCAAGAACACGUUGUUAUUGAAAACCUUGGUUUUCGAAUCUACACUGAUGAAGAAAUUAAGAAGAUAUCUGUGAUGCGAAUAUCCAAUCCAGAAACCUUUAAUCGUCUAGGACACAUUUCAGCAAAUGGAUUGUAUGAUCUUCGUUUAGGGCCCAUUGGAUUAAGUGAUGAUAUAUGUGCUACUUGUCGUCUGAAUUCUUUCAGUUGUGCAGGUCAUUGUGGUCACAUUGAGUUACCUCUUCCUGUUUAUAAUCCUGUCUUUUAUGAUGUACUGAAGAGUAUUGUUUCCCAUAUCUGUUUGUCUUGUUAUAAAUUUGUUGCUAAGAUGGAAAGGAUUCUGCAACUUACUUAUCAGAUUAAACUUUUGGACAUGGGUUUCUUAGCAGAAGCUGUAGAAUUAGAAGACUAUGUUUCACAGGUCCUUUCAUGUGCCAAAACCAUUGAGGCCGAGGAAGUGGGUCAUAGUAAGAAAAAUGAGAAAGAGAAAAGUGCAAUCUUACCGUCAUCUGUGUUACAUAUCCUAACUGUAAAACUUGAUUCUUAUUUGGCUGAAGUGAUCCGGAAAGGUACAUCCUAUGGACAGGUGACGUCAAAUGUAAAUGUUGUUCGAGAAACAAUAAGGAAAAAGUUUUGGGAUAGUUGCCAUGUACCAAAAAACUGCCCAUAUUGUGGCUGCUUAUUUGAAAAGCUGAUGUUGCAGAGUUAUCGGUUUGUAAAAAAAUACAGUGUAAGUCAGAAAAUCAAUGUUGAGAAUGUCACUGAUACUGAAAUUCCUCAGUCAGUCUUGACUCCUAAGCAAAUACAGCGUGCUCUAAGGAAGUGUUGGAAAACUGAUAAAAUUAUUUUGAGUGCUUUAUAUCCCCUGUUAUCUGCCACAGGUAUAGAAUAUCCUACGGAUACUUUUUUUCUUAACACUUUGUUAGUGGUUCCUCCCAAGUUUCAUCCUUAUAGCAAAAUGUAUGAUGGUUAUAUUUCAGAACAUGAGAGUAUUGCAGUUUUGAAGAACAUAAUAAAACUGUCAGUGUAUAUUGGGCCACUUGUGUCGGUCUUGAACGGGUCCCUAAAGGAAAUCCCAGAGGAUUUAAUACUCUUGUACAAAGAAAUAUCAGGGACUACUGUCGAAGAAAAGUGUCAGAACAUGUGGUAUCAAAUACAGUGUAACGUCAAUGUUUUGUAUGAUGCAAAAUUAACCAAUACUAAACAAGUCACUUCAAAAGGUAUUAAACAGAUUUUAGAGAAAAAGGCUGGAUUAAUGAGACAUAAUCUCAUGGGUAAACGAGUGAAUUUCUCUGCUCGUUCAGUGGCUGCUCCAGAUCCUCACAUUGCUAUUGAUGAAGUUGGAGUGCCCAUGGACUUUGCUAUUAAACUUUCAUAUCCCGUACCUGUCAAUGACUGGAAUGCUGAAGAAAUGAGAGUACUUGUUAUGAAUGGACCAGAAAAAUACCCAGGUGCACUAAUGGUAGAGGAUGAAGAAGGGAAAAAAGUACAUCUUGCGAGAAUGGAUAAAGGUCAGAGAAGUGCUCUUGCCAAAAAACUUUUAACACCACCUGAAUCAUGUACCAGGAGAGUUAAUGUUCAAAAGAUUGUUUAUCGACAGUUAAAGAAUGGAGAUUAUAUUUUAAUGAACAGACAGCCAACACUUCAUCGGCCUAGCAUACAAGCUCAUCGUGCCCGUGUGAUGCCAAAAGAUCGUGUAUUACGUAUGCCUUAUGCCAACUGUAAGGCUUAUAAUGCUGAUUUUGAUGGAGAUGAGUUUAAUAUGCACUUUCCCCAGAAUGAGCUUGCUCGCAGUGAGGCAAAACACAUAGUAACAACACACAAUCAAUAUCUAACACCGAAAGAUGGAUCUCCUCUCGCUGGUCUUAUACAAGAUUGUGUGGUUUCCAGUGUAAAGAUUUCAAUGCGUGGAAAGUUUUUUAAUAGAGAAGAUUAUUACCAACUAGUAUAUGCUGCACUACCUAAUCACACUGGUAGAAUUGUAGUGUUGCCUCCAUGUAUACUGAAACCACAACAAUUAUGGUCAGGGAAACAAGUUAUAUCCACUCUUCUGCAUAACGUUAUUCCAUCUGGUAAGGCCAAACCCUCAUUUACUUUUAAAACUUCUGUUAAGGUUGAUAUAUGGCAGACUAAAGUGGCUAGAAGAUGGAGAGGUGGUGGAAUACCAGAGAAGAAACGAGAUGCAUUAACUGAAUCAGAAUUUGUAAUGAGAGAUGGUGAGUUGAUGUGUGGUGUUGUAGAUAAAUGUGCCAUUGGAUCUACCAGUCAUGGUUUAAUCCAUAUUUGUUAUGAGCUUUAUGGUGGCUCUGUUGCCUACAAGAUAAUGACGGCAAUAAAUCGUCUGUGUGUGUAUUACCUUCAGUGGGUUGGCCAUACUAUUACUGCCAAAGAUUUUGUUACACCAUUUUAUGCAUCUCAUACACGUAGAGAAUCCUUGAAGCAGUUGGUUAGGGAUGCACCAUAUGAUGUUUUCAAGAAGUUAGAUGUUCUUGAGACAGAAUUUCGGGACUAUUAUGAGUCAGCUCAUAUGGCUAAUAAUGAAAAGAACAUGGCAGCUAUUGAUGCAGCAUACACAUCUGCUUUAGGCCCAAGUACAUCCCGAAUAACUGCUAAAAAUGAAAGGCACCUCCUACGACCCAAUUUAGAUAAUCAAAUGAAAAUGAUGGUUGAUACAGGUGCUAAGGGCUCAAAGGUUAAUAUGAAUCAGAUGGCUUCCCUUUUUGGCUCUGUUGCAAUAGAUGGCAAGAGAAUGCCGCUUAGUAUUGCAGGCAAAUCACUUCCAUCGUUCAAAUCUUAUGACAUUGAUCCACGCUCUGGUGGGUACAUUCCUGAUCGUUUCAUGACGGGAAUCAAUCCCAAGUCUUACUUUUUUUUGUGUAUUGUCGGACGUGAUAGCUUACAACAUACUGCGGUGAAAACGGCAAAUAGUGGUUAUGUACAGCGUUGCCUAAUUAAACACUUGGAGGGGAUUCAUGUUGGCUAUGACAUGACUGUUCGUAAUAGUGAUGGUUUGGUACUACAGUUUAAUUAUGGAGAAGAUGGUUUAGAUGUUACUAAAGUUCCAUUCUUGUCAGAUGUUGCUACUAUGGAUGUACUAGUUAACAAUUACAGUCGCCUUUUGAACAGCUCUACAUUAUCAACUGCAUUAUCGUUGAGUAACCAAGAGCAGUUAAAGUUUUUAAAAAAACAGAAAAAGAUGAUAGAAAAGCAUAAUAUAGGAACAAGACGUCAAAGUGGAUUUCUUAAGUUUUGUAAGAGAGUGCAAGAUUCUGUUCAGUUGGAGGGCUACUCUCGUGAUAGUGGUCGUACAAAUACUAGCUUAAAGUUACAGGAACUUUGGCACAGAUUGCCUUUGGAAGAAAAGAAUAAGUAUAAUAAAAAAAUAAAGAAGAUUCCAGACCCAGUCAAUUCAAGGGUUGCUAGUGCUUCAAAUUUAGGUGUUGUUUCAGAAGCUCUUGAUACUUUGAUUGAAAAAUACUAUAAUGGGCACUAUUUGAAACAGCCAGUUGCUGAACAAAAACUUUCCCAGAAGCAAGUUAAACAAACAAUUCAUGUGAAAGCUCUGAUGUCCAUAGUAGAUCCUGGAGAAGCAGUUGGUGCAUUGUGUGCACAAGCGCUUGGUGAACCACUAACACAGAUGACUCUUAAUACUUUCCACUUUGCUGGAAAAGAUGAGCUUAAUGUCACUCUGGGUGUUCCUCGGAUGAUAGAGAUUUUAAGAACUGGUUCCAAGAACAUGUCUACUCCUAUAAUGGAAAUCCCUUUCUAUCCACAUGUAACAAGGCAGCAAGCAGAAAAGCUCCGAUUAAUGUUAUCAGAGGUCCCCUUGUCUAAAGUAUUACUAAAGAUGAAUGUUGUGUCAAGGCUUCAGUUUGGUACCAAUGGGAAAUUAUGCAGAUUAGUUAAGGUCAAGUUAAGCUUUCUUCCACAGAAGCAUUAUAAACACCUUUAUGCUGUGACUCCUGCUGAUAUAUUAGCAUAUGUUGAAAAACAUUUUGUAUCAAAAAUAAUAAAGGAAAUUUCUAAAUCUCUUAAACGUGAGAAAAUCUAUUGCUCAAUGAGGCAACUUAAAAAGGAAGUAAAGGCUAACAAAGAAAAUGAAGAAGAAGAAGAAGUGGCAGAGGAGGUAGAUGAAAAUACGGAUGAAAAAGAUGUUGCCAAAGAUGAUAGUGAUGCUAGUAAUAGUGAUGAUGAAUCUGGUGAUGAAGACAGUUCUUUCAAAGGUAAAGGACUAGAUUACUCAGAUGAAGAGGAGGAGGAGGGGGAGGGUGGUGAAGAGAUGCCAGAAGCGGACAAUAAUGAAGGAGGGAGUGAGGAUGAAAGAAUAGGUUCCAGUGAAAAUUGUAGCACUUUCAGAAAGAAUUCAAAAUGUUCAGUGAGUGAGGAAGAAGCUAACAAAAGAAUAUCAGCUCUAAGAGACUAUAUAGCAUGGAUUAAUGACUAUAACCUAGAUAGAGAAAAACAGUUAUGGUGUGAAGUAGAGUUCAUGUUGCCUGUUGCAGAUAGUGCCUAUGAUAUGGUGUCUAUUGUGAGAGAACUUUCAGAGCAGUCAUUGGUUAGAAAUGUUCCUGGAAUUCGUCGAGUAUUUGUUGUUCAAAAGAAUAAUGAACUAGUGUUAAGAACAGAAGGUGUUAAUGUGUUGCGAAUGUUUGCAUUUGAACAUUUACUUAAUGUCAAUAAACUAUACACAAAUAACAUUCAUCAAGUUGCACAAAUGUAUGGCAUUGAAGCUGCUCAGCGGUCCAUAAUUCGUGAAAUAAGAGCUGUACAGUCUGCUUAUGAUAUAAAAGUUAACUUCCGGCAUCUCAGUCUUUUAGCUGAUUAUUUUACAUGUGAAGGGAUAUACAAAGCCUGCUCAAGGACAGCAUUAACAACGUGCUCCUCUCCUAUCCAAAAGAUGUCAUUUGAAACAUGCACACAGUUCCUCAAAACUGCACUUACACAGACUGAAAUGGAAAGCAUGGAGUCUCCUUCUUCAAACAUUGUUGUUGGGCAACCUCCUAAACUAGGAACUAAUGCUAUGCAUUUGCGUUACUUGUUCAAUAAAUCAUGCGCUACUUAAGAUAUACUUUAUCAAUUGAAUUAUUGACCAAUCAGUGCUGAUCUUUUAAAAGGCAUUGUAGUAUAACAAAAACAUGAUUGAAGUAGGAUAAGACUGUUUCAAAAUGAAACUAUAUUGCAUUUGUUGCUAUUUAAAGUUUUAAUCAUUAUUUGAAUAAUGAAGAUACACUGGUCCAGUUUAUAUGCAUGCCAUAUCAUAAUGGUAUUUUAAAAAGCAUACACUAAAGUACGCGUCCUAAAUAAUUUGUUAUGAAUCAUAAUACAGUAUUGUGCUCUAUUUUCUAUUUACAUGGCUGUAUGUAUAUACAAUAUAUAUAAAGUUGAAGAACGUACAAAGUGGUUUUUCAUUAUAUGUGAUUAAUCUUACCUACUGCUAAAGUUAGCACACACCUUUGCACCAUUAGGUGCGAUCGAAAUUCAAAAUGAACAAAUUAGUGUGGCUGACCUGGAUGGACAGUCUGUAACCACCUGCAUUACAUCAGUUGGUUUUGGAAUGUUUAUGUUCAUGUCAGAAUUAUUCAUGCUGUGUCCUUGUGCAUGUGGUGUCAAUGGGCUAAAAUAAUUUUCCUAUAUCUGGCUGCUUUUCUCCUGAACAGUGUUGUGCUUGUUUUCUGAUUUCCCAUAUGUCAGCUACAAGAAGCAGAGAUAGAAAUGUUGGGUUUUGUACACAUGAGUUUUGUGUAAACCAAAUGCAUUCAUUUGAGCAUGAUAGUCACACUUGUUGCUGGUAGUAGUAAUGAAUGCAAUUUUAUUUUGUUCCCUUACUAGGAUAAGAAUGUAAGGGGUGGUCUAAUAGAAUGAAUAAUUUUUAGGUAUUGGAAGAUGCGAAAGGCCAAUAGAUUAUGUAGACCAAGGGUGGUCAACCUUUUGUUCCCAUGCACCAAUUUUCUUCACUUCUAAUUCAGAUGUGCCACACAAACUUUAACCCCCUUUCAAUCCUUUAAG